GCCCCGUGUCCCGCGACUCGCGACCAAAUGGACUACGCACCUAUACACCACACGUCCGGCCCUCACACCAUACGAGCUGCAUCUCUUGCGGAAGGCUGUGGAGUCUGCCCUGAGUUGUCGGUGGCAUCGAGUUGCAUCGUCAGGAGGUGCCGGCGUUUGCUCACGAAACACUGCGCAUUACGCCGGUCGAGUUUGCGGAGGCGGGAUAGCUAAGUCACCGCUGUUCAGUGUUCAGUCUUUCGAGCUUUGAGCACGGAUAAGCGACGCCGUCAAACACGAGCCCUUCAUUG